AUGUCUACCAUCAACAUCGUUAAAUACUACUUCCACAAGGCCAAUGUACCCGGAACGGAAGCAAGAAUGCGUCAACUGAUCGCGUUGGCAUAUCAGACAGCAAGAGACAAGGAGCUCUAUCCUCAAGCGGUAUUUGUCCGAAGCGAGGUUCACCUCACGACCACUAUCAACGGCAGACGGCAAAAGGAUCCUCGAGGAGCCCAUGUGACCUUUAGUUACAAAAGCCAAGAUCAUCUUGGUCGUGAAACUCAUGUUGCCUGCCAUGGCUAUGUCAAAGACCCGGAGACUCUGGAAUUCAAAGAGGCAACUCACGCAGACGAGAAGCCCGAUUCAAUAAAAAAACAGUCGGGGAAAGCGGUCUGGCCAGGCGCGGCCCAGCUCUGGGAAGCUCCGGAAGUGGGUUAUGGUCACCUGCCCGAGAAAUAA